AAGCCAUUUCAGCUAAAGUAACAAGCAACGUAUGCUACUAAAGAGAUCUAAACAUCUAUCAUUCAGCUGAGUUUGCAGAAAAUCACAGGCGAUGACCUAGUUUAGUAAUUGAGCGCUAGUUGUUCUAUUGGAUUGAAUCUAUAACGAUUCAAAUUUGAAGGAUAGUCAGUUUCCAAUUAAACAUGUCAAUUGUACUUCAAGGUCAGCCAUACGCUAUUUAUCCUUCUGCAUACAAUCCAUAUGAACCAGCAAACUACAAACGAUUUGCAGCCUAUAGUAGUCUGACCAAAUUUGACCAUGAAGAUUGUGGAGAUAUUCAUGAAAAUGGUUCAUCAAAUGAAAUACGACCAGAAAUUCUCUCUGCAAAAUAUUCUUGUUCAAGAGAGUCUAGAGAGCAGAGACCUCUUGAAAUUCCCAGGAGACCAGUAACAAGCGGACAUAUGAAACAAGCUGAAAGAAGACCACAAUUUAAAACUAUUAGGAAACAACUACAGGAAAAUAAUGAUUUAGGCUUCAACUGGUUACUAACAUCCAAGAUCAAUUUAAUCCCGAGACCAAUAACGUCAGUUACCAGGAAAACAAUUAUACCGACUCCAAACAUGGAUAUGUUUGAAGUGAAGAAUAAUGAUUUUGAUAAUCGAAACUCUGUUAUCAAAGUAACAUCAGCUUCUCUUAUUCAUCCUAAUUGUUUGCCGGAUAGAAGACCACAGUCAGCAGCCUCAAGUAAUCUAGCUUCAUUCCAUCUAACAUCUCCAGGAACUAGUAGAAAUAUCUCAGCUUCCACUCCACUUGUUACUACACCGGUUUCACAUUUGUCUGCAAGAUCUACCGAAGUAACGAAGCCUGAUCGACCGAGUAGUGCACCAUGUUUCGUGAAACAGUCUUUCGCAUCCUCUUCGUGCGGUGAAAAGUCUCAAUCCUAUGUAGCUGAAGAUGUUGUGGUGCAGAACGACAGUACUGACGGAUGUACACCAAAUGAAGUAGGAGAGCAAACAACAGAUGAUAGAGAGACAAGUAAACAGGAAGAAGUAAACAAAGAGUUGAAGGAUUCAACUAUCACUUUUGAUAAGAAAUUACUGAAAGAAUGUAAGAUAAUACUGGAGGAUGGAUAUGAUAGGGCACUCAGACGUUAUGGAUGGAGAAUGGAAAUACCUGGAGAUCCUUUAAAUUUGAAAGCACCACUAUUGCCUAAACGCUUACCAUAUACAGUGAAAUUCCAGUUACUCCCAACUCAACCACAACCACCGAAGAUGAAGAAACAAAAUAUUGAGACAUUCUUUCAACCAACUAUCAAAGUUCCGUUAUCAAGUUUCACUGUUCAUCCAGACUUCACUUCAGAAUGCUACAAUACACAUAGAAAUUAUUUGAUUAAAAAUGGUCUGUGGAAUUAUGCUACGAGGAAUUAUUCAUUUGCAUACUGAUAAGAUUCAUUAUCUUUUAACCUAACAGUGACUUCUUAUAUUUUAUGUACAAUAUAUAUGUAUUUUGUUGUAUCGUGUUGAUUAGCAGUGGCUUUUCGAGUUGGUUGUUAAGUUAGCCAGUCACGAUAAUAAAGCUGAGUUACACUAGCUAU